UACUGGUUUUGCGUAGCUUGAUAUGUCACCGUGAGGAUUUACAUAUAUAUACCUUGUGGUGCUUCAGAAUGAAGACAUUACGCCUUGGUCAGUGAACCGAUGUAGUACACGAUAAUGUUGAAUAUAUAUCUAAUUUGUUUGUUGUGCUUGUUCGUACUAAACUUGGAACAUGCACAAUGUAAACCCGACUACUUGUACAAUGCAAACGCGAAUGGUUGGCUCAAAGUGCACACGAUACCCGCCACAUGGGAGGAAGCAUUCCUUCGAUGUCACUAUGAAGGCGCUGUGCUCGCGUCCCCACUGACUAAGGAAAUGGGGAAGGCCCUGUUGGAGCAGACCUUAAGAAAGGACCUGGACCAAACCAUCCACUUGGGGACACACGAUUUGAAUUCUAAAGGAGACUAUUUUUCUGUGGAAGGAGUGCCGCUGGACAGUUUAGUUCUGAGUUGGAGCAAGGUCAAGGGUACGGGCGACUGCCUCGCCAUGACACGUGAUGGACUCGCAAUUUUGACGAAGUGCACUGAACCUCGGCCCUACAUCUGCUACAAGAAGCUGGACAAUCUGACGAUGAACACCUGCGGAACAUUUGAUGACGCGUAUCAAUUUAACGAGAAGACUGGCAGCUGCUAUAAAACACACCUUCAGAAAAGGACAUGGUCUGACGCGUUCAAGAUGUGUGCUGCUGAGGGAGGUUACUUGCUUAUCCUGAACGACGCCACAGAGGCUGCCAUCGUCAAGGAAAUGUUCCCCAAACGGACAGGAAAAGACACCGACUCUGACAGAUUCCACGUGGGCCUGCAGGCUUGGGGACCUGAACGUAUUUGGAUCACUAUACACGGUGAGGGAACAGAAAACGUGUUCAUCAAUUGGCACCCAGGUCAGCCGGACAACUUCCAGGGUGUGCAGGAUAGAGGGGCUUUUAUGAGAAUGGGCAAUUUCGACGACCACGCUAUAAACGCCAUGGCUAUGUUUGUCUGUGAAAAAGACCCCAAUGUGAAACGCUUCGAAGAGUUACCCGGAAAACUGGCCGUUUCAGAACAGUUUUAAGGUGUUUUGCUACCAAUUUUGCUGUUGAACGGAACUUCUUUACUUAUUUUUGAUCACUGUUUGAUCCUUUUUUACAAACUUUUGUAUUACGUACUUGUAUUAUACCCAAAACAAAUGUAAUUUGAAUUAAAUGGUUAAUAUUGGCAAC